AACAGCUGCAAGCACACCUUGAAGACAAUACUACCCCUACAGUCAUGAUUAGUAACAACCUACCUGACAAAGAUACUUUCCAGCUAAAUGAGGAUAUGAUAGAAGAUAUCAAGCAGUUGAUAUCAAAUAUUCACCCUUUUUCAAUAAUAGACCUAACAACAAAGGACAAGCUAGUUUUUAUAGAAAACAAAGAAAUUAACUUAGCACUGCACUCAAUUCAUAACCAACCUAUCAACGUAUUGCUAUCGAUUAUAGGACUUCUAGCAGCUAUUAAGGAACAAACUUAUAUAACCAUCAAUAUCCCAUUUGUACUAUAG